UGAAGCGGGCAUAUUCUUCUGACGGCAGGAUUCGCGAUGUAUGUUUCGAAAAUCUCUACAUUCGUGUUCAUGUUUCGUGUUUUAGAAAUGUAAAUUUCGUUUAAAAAAAUUCUCAUCCGAGUGAUUUUUUUUUGGUCAAGUUGUAUAUACUUUUAAGAACUACAGGUGCUUGUAUAUAACUAGCUGCCUUAUGCGCGUCGUUGACGAAAUCGCCGAGUGGUAAUUUUUAUCGCAAAGGUUCACCAUGAUAAUUCGUUUAGUUUUGAAUUUUUUUAGUAUUUUUAUUUUUUGUGAAGGUUCGAUCAUCACGCGCGUCGUGAGGACAAAAUAUGGCGAUAUUACCGGCGCGAUAGUUACUCCUAAUGUGCGUUUUUUAGACGCCGUCGAAGUCUAUAAAGGUAUUCCGUACGCGGCACCGCCGGUCGGUAAUCUGAGAUUUAUGCCUCCGGUCAGCGGGGCCCUAUGGACCGGUGUAAAAAUGGCUGAUAAAUUUGCCCCGGUGUGUCCUCAAAAUUUCCCCGAUAUAGCCAACGAGACAAUAGCGCUGAAGCACAUGUCUAAAGGAAGACUAGAAUACUUGAAACGAUUAUUGCCGUAUUUAAGAGAUCAAAGCGAGGAUUGCUUGUAUUUGAAUAUUUACGCUCCGACUCAAGACGGAGAUGAACUGAAAAAGUAUCCUGUUUUGGUUUUCAUUCAUGGAGAAUCAUAUGAAUGGAAUUCAGGAAAUCCGUACGACGGCACCGUACUCGCGAGUUUCGCCGGAUUGGUGGUGGUAACCAUUAAUUAUCGUUUAGGAGUACUGGGGUUUCUGAACACAAACACAGACGUACAUCAAAAAUCGCCAUCAAAUUACGGUUUAAUGGACCAAAUCGCAGCCCUACAUUGGCUACAAGAGAACGUAGCUUAUUUUGGAGGAGAUCCUACGAACGUUACGGUGGCUGGGCAUGGAACUGGUGCAUCGUGUGUCAAUUUUCUCAUGUCUUCUACGGCUGUUCCUGAAGGGCUUUUGUUUCACCGAGCCAUUCUAAUGAGUGGUUCAUCACUGAGCCCUUGGGCACUGGUCAAAGAGCCGUCGAUGUAUGCGAAACAAGUAGCUCAAUCGGUAAACUGUUCCUUUCAACUGCCACAUUUACAAUUGCUCAAAUGCUUAAGGGAUCGACCACUUCAUACGUUAAUCGGAGCGAAGGUUCAAGUGCCCGAAUUUAAUACAGCUUUUGGACCUAAUGUCGAUGGUGUUGUGAUAGACUUAGUGAUGAACGAUAUGCGCAAGAUGCCUUCUGAUUCUGCACAUGUUGCGAAUGUUGAUUCAACUCAUGAAAACGUGAAAUGGCCUUUUUUCGGGCACUUUCCUCUGGGUGACUACGCCUCUACAAUGUUAAACAAUCCGGCAACCAAGCAAAAAUUAAUUUCUAAGUAUUCGCGGUACGACUUGAUGACGGGAAUUGUACCAGCCGAGUCUUUUUUCAUAUUCACAAACGAAGACGUACAAUACGGCAUAGAACCAGAAAGAAGAGCGAAAAUAUUGAAGACGUUUGUGAAAAAUACAUACAGAUAUCAUUUAUCGGAAAUUUUAGCAACUGUAGUCAACGAAUAUACAGAAUGGGAACGUCCGAUCCAGCAUCCGAUCAAUAUAAGAGACGAAACUCUGGAAGCUAUUUCAGAUGCUCAGUACGUAGCUCCAGUAACGCAAACCGCCGAUUUGCAUUCGUCCGCUCAUCGAAACUCGUAUUUUUACGUAUUCGAGUACCAAAGCAAAUACGGAGAUUAUCAACAGAGACAAGGCUGCAUUCACGGUGAAGAAUUGCCGUAUUUAUUCGGAGCUCCGCUGAUGAACGGUUUAAAGCACUUUCCGCAAAAUUAUACGAAAUCCGAAAUUUCGCUCUCAGAAGCGUUUAUGCUGUACAUCAGUAAUUUCGCACGUACCGGCAAUCCAAAUGACCCAGGACCGAAUCAAGAAUCGCAAAGGAGUACUUUACCUGAUAGAGCACGACUGAAGAAUAUCGAAUGGACUCCGUACGAAUCCGUUCAUAAGAAGUAUCUUAGUUUAGAUACGAAAUUAAAAUUGAAAAAUCACUACAGAGCUCACAAGUUAUCGUUUUGGUUGAAUUUGAUACCGGAACUACAUAAACCUGGCUCAGACGAUGUACCACCGUCGCAUCACCAAUUCCAACCGGAAGAGAUAAUGUACCCACAACAGUCUUUCAAAGUUUCCAGCGCCAAUACAACCAACACGGUGAAUAAGGUAAUCGCUCGAAACGAAUCGUUCAAUUCGACGUUCGAUUUACCUGUCGUAAUGAUAGCGUCUUCGUCGUCCGAUCGUAACGCGAUGACGCCGAACGAUGCGGCCGAAACUGUAAUCCACGACGAACAAUUAACCUCCAAGGAGAACGGAUUCUCGAAUUAUUCGCUCGCAUUGAUCAUCACCAUCGGAAUAGGAUGCGUUUUGUUGACGUUCAACGUACUUGUGUUCAUUAUUGUUUAUCAUAAAAAAGAUAAUACCAGAUCGAAUAGCGAUAAGAAUAGCGGCAGUAUUGGUAGCAUUAGCAGUAACAAUAGUUUAAUAUUGGGAAUAGAAGGAGGACCACAUUGUUCGAGGAAGAUCACCGAGAAUGGCGGACCAUCGUUGAAUAUCAAAAGUACGAUAGACCCUUCGGAUCGUCACAGAACGAAAAACGAAACAAUCAACACUUCGAUGGUCGACCAAUCCGUUAUGUUCGUUCUAGAACCGCUCAAGCAGUCGGAUUACGAUCACCAAUUCAAACGUCGCAGCGAGAUGCCAGAUUUAGGCUGCAGUUCGUGUUCAACACUGCCUAAAUUAUCUACUCAUACGAGUAAUAAAUCGACCGAAGUUAGUCCAUCGUAUUGGUCGUCUAAAUUAAACGACGAUAUUCACAGUGCGAGAAGUCCUUGCGAACUAGGACUGGGCACCGUACCACGUCAACCUAAAUCUAUUCUUAAGCAUCAGUCCGUCAAUACGGAGGGGUUAUCGAAAUGCUCAGACGAUUUUAGUAGAAUUCGAGUCUAGUUUCUACGUACGUACCACGUGUUACUUGGGAACGAAUUUUAAGAGAAUUUUAUAUAUCUGUGAUUAAUUUUAUCAGUUAUUAAUAUCUUUUCCUUAUUUAAUACCUUUUUUAUUGUAUGUACAUAACGAACGUUAUUGUUGUUUUUUUUUAAUUGGUAAAUUUCAUUUAAUAAAUACAACUUUUU